AUGUUACUUAAACGCAUUUUCAGACUUGCUGCUUUCCCUUCGAGACAUCUUUACGAAGGCAGUCUUUCUUCAAAUGGUGAACUUAAACCAACGAAUGGUGUAGAAUUUCAGUUUCUCAGUCUGAUUGCGUACUGCCUAAGUUGUAAUUACACAAUUGUGAAACCAAUUGACGGAGAGUUUGGAAGAAAGCUGGAGAAUGGAACUUGGACUGGAAUAAUUGGAAUGAUUAAGAGAGGUGAGAUUGACUUUGCUAUAAAUAUGAUAGCAUUAACUGCAGCAAGAAGGGAAGCCGUUCAUUACAGCUAUCCAUAUAACAUUGAUGGUUCAACCUUCAUUACUCAAGCUCCUUCACUUUUGCCGAAAGGUUUGUCAUUCUUUUACCCUUUCGAUAGAAUUGUUUGGUUAAGUGUGGCGUUAGCAUUGGUAAUUGCUCCAUUUGUUUUCAUAGAGAUUUUCCGGAGACGUUACAGAAAUUCACGAUUUCUUCUUGAAGUGUGUGGAAGUUUUCUUGGUCAGCCUCUAAACAUAACAACAGACAACAACAGUGAAAGAAUUUGGUACAUUUCGUGGCUGUUUUAUACCAAGAUAAUUGGAUUAAGUUAUUGUGGCGUUUUGCUUUCUUUCUUGACUAUUCCACUGAUUUCUCCAUCAGUGCGACAAGUAAACCAACUUGCUAAAGCCGUUUCCAGUGGUCAGUAUGAAUGCUACAUAUUCAAAGGCACAUCAGACCAAGAUGCAUUUUAUAGUGCCACGUCUGGUCCAAUUAAAAUAAUUGGAGAUCACGUUAAAAGUAAAAAUAAUCUUGUCAAACACGGUGGGGAAAUUUCAUCUUAUAUCCCAAAUUCAAGAACAGUUCUUAUUGGAUCUAAAAGUAUAAUGCAAUUCAACUAUUUAGAUGAAGAUAUUCACAAGUAUUUUGUAUCUCCUGAUUUAUUCUACAUUACACUUAUAGCAAUACCAGUGAAAGAAAACUUUUGUUGCCUUCAAAAGCUGAACAAAUGUAUACAUAGAAUAACUGCCGCUGGAUUAUAUAAACAGAUACUGAACUUUGAAAUCUUUAAAAUGCACUUCAAGUCUAAUUUCAAAAAGAAUACUGUAAAGGAGAAAUUUACGCUUAAGUUGGAAGACAUUUAUGGAGCUUUUAUUCUGCUUGGUGCAGGCCAUAUUAUGGCAUUUACAGCAUUUUUCUUCGAAAUAGGUUUUACAAGAUUAAAGUUUAGAAUUUGCUGA